AUGAUAGGUGUGGUCGGAGAUGCUAAAGACAUAGACUGGUUUGCCCCCAGUGGUGAGAAGAUCCUCCCCAACAGACCAGACAUCUUUGUGAGCCGCAGUGAUGAAACCACAUCGACCCUCACCAUCUACCACGCCAACGUGGACAGUGCCGGGAUCUACAUGUGUGUGGCGAAGAACGGGGAAAAGGAGGCCCAGGCCACAGUCCAAGUCAAGAUAUUCCAAAAGAUCACCUUCCAGAAGGCUCCCAGCCCACAGGAGUUCAACGAAGGUGACGAUGCCGACAUAGUCUGUGAUGUGGUCAGCUCGCCACCGCCCACCCUCAUUUGGAAGCAUAAAGGCUCCAAGAUCCAGUCUGCCAAAGACGUGCGCUUCAGGAUCCUGGAGAAUGGUCACCUGCAGAUCCGCGGCAUCAAGAAGAUUGAUGAGGGCAUGUUCAACUGCGAGGCUCGUGUCAUGGCGAGGGGUGAGAUUGACUUCAGGAUGAUCAAGGUCGUCGUUAACGUCCUUCCAUCGAUCCGUGCCAGGCAGGCAGACGUCAACGCUACAGCAGACAUCGGCAGCUCGGCUCUGUUGGCCUGCGACGCAGACGGUUUCCCUGAACCCACCGUUACCUGGGCACAGUAAGUCCUCUCUGUUGUCACCGACACACUGUAUGCAGAAUCAUGGUGCAGCUCUCUGUCGCUAGAUGUCGCUAGUCCCUUUGUGUCUGUGCUGGUAGGCAGGCAGGGGGCUGGAUGUGGACUGUAG